AUGUUAUCUGAAAAAGAAUAUCAAGAUGCUGUAUGGAAAUUCAACAACAUACCAUCAAGUAUUACUAGAAAACCACGUCAACAUCUUCGUGCUAUAUUUCGAAAAAAAAUUCAUGAGCAUGAACUUGCAUCUCGUUAUCCACCAUUUGAACCAUUAAAUUAUCAACAAUUUUAUAUUAAUUAUAAAACUACCGAACAAACUUUAAUUCAUCUUAUUGAAGCAAUAAAUGAUUCAAAUUUAUUUACAUUAGAUACUGAAUCAAUUUGCAUUCCGAAAAAACCAAACAAACCAGCACUUAUACAAUUACAAAUAAUACAAAAAAAUUCAAUUUCGUAUGUUAUAUUUAUUGAACUUGGUCAUUUACCGAACAUGCAUGAACGAACAUUCAUCCUACUUCAAGAAUUAUUUUUUUCAUUAUUUUAUUCAAAUAAAAAAAUUUACAUUUGGGGUUCUAUUGAUGAACUACAAAAAUUUCUCGAUUUCAAUUUAUUCUCAUCUAGUCAAAUUUACUUGUCAAAUAAUAUUAAUUUACAAGAUAACUUUAAAAUUUUUUGGAAUCAACAUCAUCCUCAUAAAUCAACAUUAUCAUCAACUAAUGAUAACAUUUCAUGCAUAUGCGAAACAUGUUUAGGUAUUCAACCAAAUAAUCCUUGGUCAUUACAAGAUGCUGUGGCAUUACAACUAAAUCAGUGGUUAGACAAACGUCAUUCUCGAUCACCAUUCGAUAUAGGUCUUGAUCCAACAUUAGUUCAUUUGAAUUUCAAAGAACUUGCAUAUCGACAAACAAUGACAACAUACGCUGCCAAUGAUUGUUUAUCAAUGCAUCAACUUAUUAUUAACAUGAAAUUAAUCGAACAACAAGAACCAUCAAAUGAAUUAUCUACUAAACCUGAUUAUGACAUUUCAAUGUAUUCCGAUUCAUCAGACUCAAAUAAUUUAAUUAUAUCACCAAAUGAAAAUUUUAAAAUCAAUCAAUCAUCAAAUUUAAUUCAACAAAAUAAUCAUGAUGUAGAAGAAAUAUCCUCUAAUGAUGAUGAACCUGAACAACCAUAUCAACAUAUAGAUACAAAUAACCCGUCAAAUAAUGAAUUUCAACAUGAACGUACAAACAUAUCCAAUGAAGAAAAACGGAAAAUUCAUAAUCGUACAUGUACUUUAAAGCAAAGAAAAAAAUUAUAUAAAUAUGAAAUUAUAAGAAGAGGAAUCGAUCGACGAUUUACAAUUACACUAAUCAAGAAAAUUCUUCGUGAACAUUCUAUAAAUUUUGGUGCUUUAAAUAUUUCAACAUCUUCUUUAACUAAUCGUACAUCAUUAUAUAUUGGUAUAAAAAAUCCAACAUUACUAUCUAAAUACAAACGUGAAACUAGAAAUCUAUUUUCUACUGAUCAUUACAAUGAAAUUCAUUCACAACAAUGUCAAUUGAACUCAAAUAUUCAUUAUUCUCAUCAUCAUCAACAACACAAAUAA